AUGUCUCUCCAACGUUCGAGCUCGACUGAACAGUCCGUUGGUUUUUGUUCGGCAGGUGCGGCCGCGGCGGUGACGUCCGCGGGCGGUCACGGUUUCGACGCACAUCUACGCGGGCCCAGUUUCGUCAUGGAGCCGCCGUCCAGAAUUGAGUUCUCAAAUUCGAGCGGUGCCUGGCUGGACUGCAGCGCGACAGGAAGUCCGCCGCCAAACAUCGAUUGGUCGACGGCGGACGGGCAUCCGGUGAACGACGUUUCGGGCGUGAGGAGGGUGCUCAGGAAUGGUACACUAGUCCUUUUGCCGUUUCCGGCCGCGGCUUUCCGGCAGGAUGUUCACAGCGCGGCGUACAGAUGCGUCGCGAGCAAUUCCGUCGGCAGAGUGCUCAGCCGUGACGUCCAGGUCAGAGCAGUGGUGGCCCAAGCAUACAAAGUCGACGUGGAGGUGAUCGGGGGCGCAUCGAGAGGAUGCACCGCGGUGUUACGAUGCGUCGUUCCAAGCUUCGUGAAAGAUUUGGUGCGUGUUGUGUCCUGGCUGCAGGAGCCCUCGUUCUAUAUUUAUCCAUCUCUUCAAGGAGAUGGAAAGUUUCAUCUGCUGCCCACGGGUGAACUACUUGUUCACAGCUUAGAAUUCAGCGAUCAGAUCCACGGAUACAGGUGUCGAACGAUGCAUCGUCUCACCAGACAGGUCGUCGUCAGUUCGAUAGCCAACAUCAGGAUAGCUGACCACAGAGGGGUGAUGCCUCCGGUGAUUCUUGAAAACUCCGGCGUUGUUCACGUCGCUCAAGAUGAAUCAACGUCAUUAGUCUGCGUGGCGCAGGCCUGUCCCACCCCCGAAUAUCGAUGGUACGCACAAACCGGCUCCGAACCAAUGCUGGUACACUCUGGACCAAGGACCAAGUUGCUGGGUUCCGUCCUAGCGCUCGAAGCGGUGACACUGGAAGACAGUGGAACUUAUCGUUGCUCCGCCUCUAAUCCCGGUGGCGAAACUAGCGCCGAAAUUAGGCUCAUCGUGACCGCCCCAUUGCACGUAGAAGUGACCCCGCCGUUGCUGAGCGUCCAUUUGGGCGGUAAUGCCGAAUUUAGAUGCGAGGUCAGCAAGCAUCCGCAAGCAGGACAGCACUUUGUUACCUGGUACAAGGAUGGUCGUCAGCUUCCGGGGACCGGCAGACAAUUAGAAUUGUUGAGGCUCAACGGAAUAGGCAGGGAGGAUCGUGGAAUGUAUCAGUGCAUAGUCAGACGGGCGGAGGGCGACACCGCGCAGGCAUCCGCCGAACUUCAAUUGGGCGAUGCGCCGCCGAUGCUGUUACAUUCGUUUAUCUCGCAAACGAUGCAACCUGGACCAGCCGUAUCCAUGAAGUGUUCUGCGGCGGGAAACCCGACACCGCAGGUCUCCUGGGCCUUGGACGGCUUUCCACUGCCAACCAAUGGAAGGUUUGUCAUAGGUCAAUACGUGACAGUGCACGGCGACGUCAUAUCCCACGUCAAUAUCAGCAACGUGAUGGUGGAGGACGGAGGAGAAUAUUCUUGCACCGCCGAAAACCGUGCCGGAAAAGCCACUCACGCUGCUCGUCUUAACGUUUACGGUCUUCCAUACAUUCGUCUAAUUCCAAAGGUGACCGCCGUGGCCGGCGAGACUCUUCGUCUGAAGUGUCCGGUCGCCGGCUACCCCAUCGAGGAGAUCAAGUGGGAACGAGCGAACCGCGAGCUGCCCGACGAUCUACGUCAGAAAGUACUGAUCGACGGUACCCUGGUGAUCACAAGCGUGCAGAAAAAGGGGGAUGCAGGAGUUUACACGUGCUCGGCGAGGAACAAGCAAGGACACAGCGCGAGAAGAUCCGGCGACGUAGCAGUGAUCGUUCCUCCCAAAAUUAGCCCAUUCACGACAGAUCGUGACUUCCAACUCGCCGAACGUACCACGUUGACAUGCUCGGUGACCAGGGGCGAUCUGCCUCUUUCGAUAUCCUGGCUCAAGGACGGACGUUCGAUGGGCCCGUCGGAGCGUGUCAGCGUGACCAAUGUGGACCAGUACAAUAGCAUACUGAUGAUUGAAAGUUUAUCUCCAGAUCACAACGGCAACUACUCGUGCGUGGCCCGUAAUCUGGCCGCAGAGGUAUCGCACACGCAGCGGCUUGUGGUUCAUGUGCCGCCGCGAUGGAUCGUCGAGCCCACCGACGUCAGCGUCGAGAGAAACAAGCACGUCGCUUUGCACUGCCAAGCACAGGGCGUCCCCACUCCCACUAUCGUUUGGAAAAAAGCCACGGGAAGCAAAUCCGGUGAAUACGAGGAGUUGCGGGAACGGGAUUACACGAAAAUCCUCAACAAUGGUUCCCUGCUUCUGCAACAUGUGAAAGAAGACAGAGAAGGGUUUUAUCUCUGUCAGGCUAGCAACGGUAUUGGAACUGGUAUCGGGAAGGUGAUCCAGUUAAAAGUGAACUCUUCUCCAUACUUCGCGGCACCUUCGAGGCUCGUCACCGUAAAAAAGGGUGACACCGCGACGUUGCAUUGCGAGGUACACGGCGACACACCAGUCACCGUCACCUGGCUAAAGGGCGGAAAAAUCGAGUUAAACCCCUCGACAAACUAUCGAGUUACAGUGAAACGAGAAGUAACACCGGACGGUGUAAUAGCCCAACUGCAAAUAUCUAACGCGGAAGCAUCAGACAGCGGUGCAUAUUUUUGCCAGGCGAGUAAUCUAUACGGCCGUGAUCAACAAUUAGUGCAACUCCUCGUACAAGAGCCACCACAGCCACCGAAUUCAUUGGAGACCGCGAUGGUCGCCAGUCGUAGUAUUAACGUGAAAUGGCAGCACAAGUCCCAAGACACCGGUGAGGUGACCAAAUAUAUCCUCGAAUAUAAAGAAGGCACUGGUGGUAUGUGGCAGCAAAAAGAAUUCACCGGACCGCCCCUUCCCUAUGCUGCCCUCAUAGACGAAUUGAAACCGGCGACCAGGUACACGGUUCGCGUGAUAGCCGAAGGACCAGCUGGUAGAUCUGUACCAUCCGCAGACCUGAUUGUCAGAACAGAGCCCGAAAGACCAGCCGGACCGCCAAUCAAGCUUGCAACGACUGCUUUGUCCUCCUCUGAAAUCUUAAUCAAUUGGUCGCCACCGUUGCCCGAGCUACGACACGGUGACAUCCAGGGAUUCAAUGUUGGCUAUAGGGAAACUAGCUCUACGAAUCCCUCGUACAACUUUAGUUCGGUAUCCGGGGACGGGGAAGAAGGGGGCGCGGAACUUCGGCUGACAGGGCUUCGACCCUACACAAAGUACACUUUGGUCGUUCAGGCAUAUAAUCAAGUUGGGUCUGGACCACUCUCUGAACCUUUGCUCAUGCAAACUUUGGAAGACGUACCCAGUAUGCCACCUGAAGCCGUAAGAUGCGCUGCGCUCACUUCACAAUCUCUUCAAGUGUCGUGGCAGCCACCGCCCAACACGCACAGCAAUGGUAUUAUUCAAGGGUACAAGUUGCACUACGAACCAAUUCUGGCGGAUGUGUGGCGUAGUGUCGAUGAAAUGGAAGUUCGCAAGACAAGUGUUCUGACCACUGUUCUCACGGGAUUAAGGAAAUUUACCAAUUACACUAUUCAAGUGCUGGCCUACACCAAAAUCGGCGAUGGAGUGCCUACCACGGUUACAUACUGCCAAACUGAAGAAGACGUACCCGGUAGUCCAGCAGACAUAAAGGUGGUGGUCAGUUCACCGCAGGCGUUGUUCAUCUCUUGGUUACCGCCUUUGGAACCAAACGGGCACAUCACAAAAUACAAUCUAUACACGAGGGUCGUGGACGGCCGAGAAGAACUGAAUCAUGGCAAAAGACAACUGCCAGCUGAAAGCACAUAUUUCGAAGCAACUGAUUUACAGCAACACGUAGAGUAUCAGUUUUGGGUGACCGCUAGCACCCGAGUAGGCGAAGGACAAAGUUCCAGAGUGGCUGCGCAGGUGCCAACGGAUCGUGUACCGGCCAGAAUCACCUCGUUCGGGGGCCAUGUGGUGAGACCGUGGAGAGGAUCGGCGACUCUAGCUUGUAACGCGGUCGGAGAUCCCACCAGAGAGUGGUACAAAGGAUCCACCGAGCAAAUUCGUACUGAUACGACCAGAAACAUACAGAUCUUACCGACGGGAGAGCUCGUCCUAUCGAAUCUACAAUCCCAAGAGGGCGGGAAUUAUACUUGUCUGGUGAAGAAUGUUAAAGGGAGUGACAAGUUGCAGUACACGUUGACUGUACAGGUACCGCCCAAUGCACCCGUUCUUUACGUAACCAGUUCUACGUCGAGCAGCAUCUUGUUACACUGGAAACCCGGGCACAGCGGAGGUGCUCCGCUAACAGGGUACACGUUACAUUAUCGAACGGCCCAUGGUAACCUGGACGAGCUACAAUUGUCUCGUCAUGCCACCAGGCACGAAUUGAAGGGACUCCUAUGCGGGAACACCUAUCAGCUGUACCUGACAUCCCAUAACAAAAUCGGAAGUAGUCCAGCGUCCCCCGUCCUUUCGGUUCGGACACAGGGUCAGGCGCCAGGUAUACCAACCGCCGCGUCUUUCCUCAGUCCGAACUCUACCACUCUAGUGCUGCGUCUUCACGUGUGGCCCGACAACGGCUGCCCGAUCCUCUACUUCGUGAUCCAGUACAGACCGAUCAACGAGUUUCACUGGAUGCUCGUGUCGAACAGCGUCAAGAUGCAACGACGUUUCGUCGUGACGAAUCUACAGCCGAGCUCGGUUUACCAACUGAAAGUGGAGGCGCACAAUGUGGCCGGUAGCAACCAGGCCGAGUUCACGUUCGUGACGUUGACGAAGGAGGGCGAACCGCCACCUCCAGAGCUAUCGAAACGCGGAGUCGUAUCAGCGGUGCCGUUCUACGCGGACGUAAGGGUGCUGCUGCCGCUGAUCGUGUCCACCGUUGCUUUGCUCGGCGCUGCUGUCCUGGUGGUCCUCCGCUGGCGAACCAGAUACCUCGGCGACAGGGUGCAACGGCCGAUGAAAGAGUCCCAAGAGAACCAGCAGAACGCGGAGACCCAAAGGGAACGUUACUACGCGACCAUUCACAAGGUGGCCCUGCAACAGGCGAAUACGGGCGGCGGGCCCGACAAGAUUCCAGAGACAGCGGAGGACAUCUCGCCGUACGCUACGUUCCAGCUUUCGGAGGGUGGCGGGGGAAGCCUGGCAGGGUUGGGAGGGUUGGGAGGACUGGGAGGCGCGGCGGAAGCAUCAGCAGCCGGUCUCCACCCGAACAACACUCUUCUGCACAGUUUCAUGUAUCACGAGCACGCCAUGACCGAGGGAUGCGCAAGCCCUCCGCCUGCCGCGACGAGCAUGAAGAGCGUUUCGUCGAGGAGACGACAGCAGAGAAAGCAACAAACUCCGGGCGACGUCGAGAGCGACGAGAGCGAGUCUGACCCGGAUCAACUGACGAGCUCUCGCACGGAGUCUUCCAAUCAGCUGGACGCUGGCAAACUAAAACACAUUCGAGCCGUUUCCGACUUCAUCUACCACGGUACGUCGAGCACUUCAUCAGAUAUCUCACCCAUGUCAGAACAGAAGUCGCUUCCCCGAAGAGGACGAUCUAGAUGGCAUGUUCCAAGCAGGAGCUCGUUACGCACGCUCCUACCGCCGAUAUCGGUCGCGGAGACGACAUUCGUAGGCAAUCAGGGGAACGUGGUGGCGGGGAACGGCGAUCGUUCCGAGCGGCCGGAGCUCAGCGAGGCCGAGUGCGACAUCGACUCCUUGAAGAAGUUGAAACUCGGGCUAAGGAGCUCCCUAUGGUCAAGACCGAGCACCCAGAACAAUCCUUCCUCCUAUUUUAAGAUAGCGAUCACAGCAACGAUAGUAAGAUUAUGUGACUUUAUCACAGAAACAUUAACCGUACGUCGAUUAGAUUAA